AUGACCGUUACAGAGACCACUUUGACAGAGCCCCCCACCUUGAGUGCAGAAGAGCGUCUGAAACGCAAGGAGCUACGCAGGGAGGAGCUAUACCGGCAGUACUUUGAGGAAAUCAAGAGGCGCUUUGAUUCAGAGAGGCUUGUGGACUGUUCUGUGAUAGUGGUCAAUAAACAGACAAAGGAAUAUGCCGAGUCAGUGGGACGGAAGGUGCGGGAUCUGGGCAUGGUGGUGGAUCUCAUCUUCCUCAACACAGAAAUGUCACUGACUCAGGCCCUGGAGGACGUAGGCAGAGGAGGGUCUCCUUUUGCCAUUGUCAUCACACAGCAGCACCAAGUUCACCGCUCCUGCACUGUUAACAUCAUGUUUGGCACACCACAAGAACAUCGCAACAUGCCCCAAGCUGAUGCCAUGGUACUGGUGGUAAGGAAUUAUGAACGCUACAAGACCGAGACCCAGAUAGGCAGCAAUGCCAUCAUUGUGAAAGAUGUUCGUGUACAGAGAGGUGAUAUCCAUGGUGGUAAGUAUGGUGUUCUCAGUGAGAUUGUUAAUUUUAUGGAGUUUCUGGAAGAAGCUGGUUGUGUCCUGGAGGAAGCUGGCCCUUUGUGUGUAUACAGCAUAUUAAAACUUCAUAUUUCUAUAGAGUCUGAGGCUCUCAAAGUGCUUAACAAGCCUUAA